AUGGCAGCAGAUGUGGACACAGCAGACCCCAAGCUGAGUUUCAACCUGCAGGCUCUCCUGGAGCAGCUGUGUGAGGAGGAGCUGAGCGAGUUCAAGUCCCAGCUUGGCCUCUUUGCCCAGCAACAUGAGCUCCAGGAUGUCCCCCAGGCAGAGAUGACUGAAGCCAGCGCCAAGGAUCUGGUGGAGAUCCUCACCACCCACUGCCCCCCAGCCUGGGUGGAGAGGGUGGCCGUGAAUAUCUUUGAGAACAUCAACCGGGCUGACUUGGCCAAGACGGUGGAGGAGGAGCUAACUGAAGACAUAUACAGAAAAAUGGUGUUGAAGAAAUUCCAGAGGUUGUGGGCUAACAACUUUUGGCCGGGGGAGUACAAGAAGUCCUACCUGCUCACAGAGAGCUACAGGAGCCUCCUCCGGCUGUGCGACCCCCUCCGGCGGCCAGGGCUCCUCGGGCCACGCGCGGUGGUGCUGCAGGGACCCACGGGCGCCGGAAAGACCACGCUGGUGAAGAGGCUAAUUCUGGACUGGGCCGAGGGACGCCUGGGCCCCGCCUUCCAGUGGGCCCAUUAUCUGAGCUGCAAGGAGCUGCGCCACCACCGGGUCAAGAACCUGCACCAACUCCUCUUCGAGGGCCUCCCAGACAUGAACAAGGACGUGCUGCGGGCCCUGCUGGGCGCGGAGGAGGUGCUGCUCAUCGUGGACGGGUUUGACGAGCUGAGGUAUGGGCCCGGGGAGAUGAUCCGGGGCAUCUCCACGCACUGGGGGCAGCGCAAGCCGGUGCCGGUCCUGCUGAGCAGCCUGCUGAAGCGCAUGCUGCUGCCCAACGCCACCCUGCUGGUCACCACGCGGCCCCGGGCGCUGCAGGAGCUGCUGCUGUUGCUGGAGCAGCCGGUCCUGGUGAACGUGGACGGCUUCUCGGAGACGGAGACGUGGGAGUACUUCCGCAGGCAUUUCGGAGACCAGGCCCAGGCCCAGAGAGCCCUGGCGGCCGUGCGGAGCAACGAAGCCCUGCUAGCCAUGAGCCGGAUGCCCGCCGCAUGCAGACUGCUGUGCGCGUGUCUGAAGCCGCUGCUGGAGGGGGGCGAGGACCCCGCGGCAGCCUGCCACAGCCCCACCGCCCUGAUUCUCCGAUUCCUCCACCGCCAGCUCCGCGCCAGGGGCCCAGCCCCGGCUGCCCAACUGGAGACCCUGUGCUGCCUGGCCGCGCACAUGCUGACCGCGCAGCAGUCCACUUUCCACACCGGGGACCUCAAGAGACUCGGGAUGCAGGAGGCCCACCUCCAGCCCUUCCUGACCAAUCACAUCAUCCGGAAGGACUGGGGCUGCCGCUGGUGCUACCACUUCGUCCACCCCAGCGUCCAGCAGCUUCUGGCCGCCCUGUUCUACAUCCUGAAGCCCCAGGACAGGGAAGGCCAAGGCCGCCAGCCCAGCAGCCGCAACCCGGAAGACGUGCGCAAGCUGCUCUCCAGAGAGGCGCAUGCGCGGAACCCCGACCUGGCCCAGGCCGGCCGCUUCCUGUUCGGCCUCCUGAACAGGAAGAGGGCCCAGGAGCUGGAGGCGGCCUUUGGCUGCCGCAUGGACCUGGAGAUCCGACGGGAGCUGCUGGGGUGUGGGGCGGAGGAGAGCAGGCCCUUCCUCCUGCAGAUGGAGCAGAGCGAGGUCUUGGGCUGGCUCUACGAAUCUCAGGAUGAGGAGCUGGUGGCGGAGGCGCUGGCGCCCUUUGAGGAAAUGUCUGUGAUCCUGAAGAGCCGCCAGCAUCUCCUGCACGCGUCCUUCUGUCUCAAGCACUGUCCGGGCCUGCGCAGGCUCACGGUGCAGGUGGCCAGGGGGCUGUUCUCGGAGGACGGUGUUCAUCUGCCAUCCACAGCUCAAGGCCACAGGCCCGAGGAUGACCAGGUCCUGCUUGCUCUCUGGACAGAUCUUUGCACCAUGUUUUUCUCAAACCAGAAUCUGAACAGACUGGACAUCCACCACAGCUGCCUGAGCUACUCCUCCGUGGCGGUUCUGUGUGAACACUUGGCCUCUGCCUACAGUCUCCAGGAGGUGGUCCUCAGUAAUAUUUCCCCGGCCGAGGCGCAGCUCAGCCUGUGCAGCUGCCUCUGUUGUUCCGAGGCCCUCGUGAACCUGACCCUUCAAGGGGACAGCCACAGGGACCUGCUGCCCUUGUUGAGCCAAGUCAUGAUGCACCCAAAAUGCCACCUGCAGGACCUCAGGUACCCCACCCGCCACCCCCUGCCCAUCCUCCUGCAGGACCACAGGCUGGGGGCUUGCUCGGCCACAUUUCAGCAGUGGGCUGACUUCUUCUUGACCAUCCAAGCCAGCCCCCUGACGGGCCUGGAUCUCUCCAACAAUGAGAUCCUGGACCGGGGUGCCACGCUGCUGUGCGAGACCCUGAGGCGGCCAGAAUGCAUCCUGCGGAAGCUGACCCUGGAGAACUGCGGGCUCACACGGGCCUGCUGUGAGGAUUUCCUCUCCACCCUCAUCGUCAGCCAGCAGCUGAUGCACCUGAGCCUGGCCGACAAUGACCUCGGGGAUGACGGGGUGAAAAUCCUGUGUGAGGGCCUGAAUCACUCCAACUGCCAACUGCAGAGCCUGGUACUGUGGCACUGCAAUGUGGGCAGUGACAGCUGCGUGCACCUCUCCCAGCUCCUCCAGCAGGGGGCGAGCCUCAAGUACUUGGACCUGGGCCUGAACCAGGUGGGAGACUCCGGCAUGAGGGCCCUGUGCCAGGCCCUGAAGAGCCCGCAGUGCGGCCUCAAGUGUCUAUGGCUGUGGGGCUGCUCCAUCACUUCUACCAGCUGCGAAGAGCUCAGUGAGGCCCUUCUAGGAAACCAGAGGCUGGUCACCCUGGAUCUGGGACAAAAUACCUUGGCAUUUGACGGAUUAAUGCUGCUGUAUACAGCCUUGCAAUUUCAAAGGUGUUCCCUGCAGAUACUCAGGUUGAAAAUAAAUGAAGCGAAUCCUGAAGUGAAGAAGCUGAUAAAAACAAUACAAAAUGUCAACCCCCAGCUGAUUGUUGACAGUGACCACCAAAACCCCAGGAAAAGGAGACCUGAGGAUUUCCCUGCUUGAGCCAGCAAAAACCAUCCAUCCUCCGAGGUCAGAGGCCUCUACCCACGGUAAACAUCACACGUGGACGAGCUAGGCGAAGUCCAAGCCUUCUUUCUCCCCUAGUGGAUGUAAAAUGAGCACAUGUCACUUGACACUAUUGGGUGUGAAAUGUCUUAGCACUAAUAUGCUGAGGGAAAUAAAAGCAAGCACGUU